AUGGCGAAGGACGAUGGAGACGAUCUGUUGCCGGACAAAGAUGCUGCCAAAGGUUUUUACGCCAAAUACGAGCCCAAGGAGAUUCUCGGAAGAGGUAUAUCUUCUACUGUGAGAAGAUGUAUAGAAAAAGAAACUGGUAUAGAAUAUGCAGCCAAAAUUAUAGAUAUAAGUUCUGAACCUCACGAUGGUAUUGAUACGCAUACCAUGAAGGAUGCGACUAUGCAAGAAGUUCAGAUUCUCCGUAGGGUAUCUGGUCAUCCUUUUAUAAUUGAACUACAUGAUGUAUUUGAAUCAAAUACUUUUAUCUUUUUGAUAUUUGAAUUGUGCAAAAAUGGAGAACUUUUUGAUUACCUUACAUCUGUUGUUACACUAUCUGAAAAGAAGACUCGAUACAUCAUGAGGCAAGUUUUUGAAGGCUUACAACACAUCCAUAAUCAAGGAAUAGUUCAUAGAGAUUUAAAACCAGAAAAUAUUCUUCUUGAUGACAAUCUUAAUGUCAAAAUAACUGAUUUUGGCUUUGCAAGAAUGUUGAAGCCAGGAGAAAGACUAUUUGACCUAUGUGGAACACCUGGAUAUCUGGCACCUGAAGUUUUAAAGUGUAGUAUGUUUGAAAAACCUGAUGGAUACAGUUUUGAAGUUGACAUAUGGGCUUGUGGUGUAAUUAUGUACACAUUACUUGUUGGAUGUCCUCCUUUUUGGCAUAGAAAGCAAAUGAUUAUGUUAAGGAAUAUAAUGGAAGGAAAAUACUCUUUUACUUCACCAGAAUGGUCUGAUAUAACAGACGCUCCCAAAGAUUUAAUUAAUAAGUUAUUAGUAGUUGAUGCAACAAAAAGAAUCAGUAUAAAAGAAGCAUUGGAUCAUUCAUUUUUCCACACAGUGCUAUGGGAUCAGGAUAUUGCUCCUCUAAAACGUUCACUAUCCUCUAAUUCUAGACGUCUGAGUCGGAUAUCACAAUUAGCUUUGGAACUAAAGGCGAAAUCAUUCAAUGCCAAGAAGAAGUUCCAACUUGCGGCUCUUGUCGUCAGGGCAGUCAUCCGGAUUAAAAGAUUGCACACGACUCCCGAACCCCUUUCCAUUCAGGUGGCUACCACGGAUCCAUAUCGAAUCAAAGUUCUCAGAAAGGUAAUUGAUGGCUGUGCCUUUCGCGUCUAUGGUCACUGGGUAAAAAAAGGAGAAGGACAAAACCGAGCAGCUCUAUUCGAAAAUACUCCAAAGACAGACUUGAAAUUUCUUUACGUUAGUAAUUUAAGCAGGUAGCGAAAUUUAAAUUAAUGUUAAUCGACUUUUUUUCGACGCAUGUAAAAUAUUCUAUUAAUAAUUAUUGUGUAGAUAUAACUAAUCAACGAGAUUUGAAAAUUAGGUACAAAAUAGUAGACUAUAUUUGCGUUUAUUUAUACCAAAAAUAUAAUAAUAUACUGAAAGAAACGAAUUGAAAUCAAUAAUCGUAAACUCAUACUUCUAAAGUUAUGAAUUGUUCAAAAUGUGAUUAUUUGAAUGGCACGAAUCAGAGUAAUAUGUACAAUACAUCAUCACAUUAAACUAGUAUACAACUUUUUACUGAAAUGUGAUGAUUUUUUUAUAAAUUUACAUUGUGCUAUAGAGUUAUUACCGUUUCACGUUAAGUUCGACGCGAAGUUGAUUUAAACGAGUCUGAAAAUAUUUAACUAUAUAAUUAUGUCCGCAUAAUACAGUUUAUUGCUGUUAUGAAAAUUUAUUCGAAAUAUACUUUUGGAAGAUAUUUUUGAAAAUUGUUAAAUAAUGUUGAGCAUGAAUAAAAUUUAUUAAAUGUUGAAUCAAAUCAUAUAAAAAGCUACUGUAUCUUUACAUCUUAUUACCUCCGUACCUUCGCUUAAAUUUUCUUGGAUUUAUUUAAUAAAAAUUUAU